AUCACCUCUCUCUCUCUCUCCUCUCUCUCUCUAGGGUUUCACCAUGAGCAGGUCAGGCCAGCCUCCAGAUCUCAAGAAAUACAUGGACAAGAAGCUACAGAUCAAGUUGAAUGCAAAUCGGAUGGUGGUUGGGACACUCCGCGGUUUUGAUCAGUUUAUGAAUCUCGUGGUUGACAACACCAUGGAAGUGAAUGGCAAUGAGAAAAACGAUAUAGGCAUGGUGGUUAUCAGAGGUAAUAGUGUGGUUACUGUUGAAGCACUUGAACCAGUAAGCAGGGCACAGUGAUUGCCGACUGAAUUAUUAUUGGUGGAAUGUAAUAUAUAGUAGCAUGCUCUUUUAGUAUAAUAGAGCUGCUAGUAUUAGAAGGAAGAAUGUUCGAGUCAAACCAUUCUCAGCGGCUUAUAGAAACGAUAAAUUUAGUGAACUUUUUAUGGAUCUGACUUGUUUUGAUUAGGAUGUUGUUAUGUAACCUUCACUCGACAUAGAUUACAUGGGCACUUGCAUAUACUUGCACCUCGUAUGUUAAUUUGGUUGAGCUUGAGCUUGUUAAUUUUGAACUUUAAUCAAAUCCUAUUAAUUGGGAUACCAUAUUUAAGGUGAACUCAGAUAUCAAAACCUAUUGGGUUGUUGGA